AUGGAUGCCAGAAAUGCACGCGAACGGGAGAAGCGACAACAGAGACCAGAACAACGAGGUCUACAGUUUCAGAAUGUCUUUCUUGGUUGGGACGUCAGAGAGAGACCGCAGUCUGUUCCACCUAUGAUUAGAACCGCAAGAUCACCCACAGAGCAGGAGUAUGCGUCCGAGAACCUGAAUCUAGUUGGUCAUCUGGAACCUCUUGAUGUGGACAUACUGAACCAGCGAAAUGCCUUUGAUUUACCCUCACAGGCUGUCUGUGAUGCUCUCGUGAACGUGUUCUUCAAGUGGAUCGCACCAGUAUUGCCUGUGAUCAAUCGACACGACUUCUUGCGUCAAUAUCGUAAUCCUCAGAACCCUCCGUCAAUCCUCUUACUUCAAGCUAUGCUCAUGGUAGCAUCAAGGUUCUAUGAUAAUGCCCAUAGCUCUGAGAAUGGUGCAAUCUCCCCGCGCAGCUUUUACAAAAAAGUAAAAGCUUUGUAUGAUGCUGGAUAUGAAAGAGAUCCUACCACAGUCCUCCAGGCUGUAGUCCUAUUGGGCAUGUAUUGGGAUGGCCCUGAUGAUCUCACAGAAAGUGGGAUAUUCUAUUGGAGUCGUCUGGGAAUAGCUUUAGCUCAGGAACAUGGGCUUCACCAGAGUGAAAGCUACGCAGUAUUGUCGGCCGCGAAGAGACGUAUCUGGAAGCGGAUGUGGUGGACACUUUACACGCGCGAUCGCUCAGUGGCUGCAGCAUUUGGCCGUCCUCUUCACAUCAAUUCCGAAGAUUGCACGGUAGAACCUCUAAAAGAAAGCGACUUUAUUGAGUAUGAUGAGCAAAAUGAUAGCUCAACAGACCAUACAGCAGUCCGUUUCUUUAUGCAGUCGACGGAGGACGGUCGGAUGAAGGGGGCUGCACAAUGUGAGCUUGGUUUGAAUGACUGGCUCGUCUCUUGUCCGUCUGAGCUUCAAUGGAGACAGUCUCGUCAUAAUUUCUGGUCCGCGAUACUGUACUCGACCUUCUAUACUAUUGUGUGCCAGUUACAUCUUCUGCAAACUCCCGACUCGUCAAGGGAGGCCCAAAGCUCAGCUUUUCACGCUGCCACAAGUAUCGUAUCCAUCUUGGAAACCCUGCAAUCCAAGGGCGAGCUAAAGUACACACCAUCAUUGAUAAUCUGCCACGCCGUUGUGUCUUUUGUCACAUUGAAAAGCCAAAUGGAAGCCUCAAUACCGUCACUCCUGCAUGCCAUCCGACAGAAUCUGGAAGCCAACCUAGACAUGCUCGAAGUACUUUCUCAUACAUGGCCCAUUGCGGCAAUGUUUCUAGAGCUUUUUCGCACUAUGACUGGCCCAGAACAGUUCGAGCGAAUCUUAUCAGUCGCAGCAGAGAAGUGCGGGAAGCGUGCCCGUGGGGAGGAGGACGACAGUUCCACUCCCUUAAGGUCCUCGACGCGUUUCAAAAGGCCUAAAGUACAGCAGGUGAUUCUGCCACAAACUAGGGUCGUCCUUCAGAUUCUGCGGAGGGAAACUCAGAAGCAGUUUAACUCGCAAGGCCCAGUCCACAACAAGCAGAAUAAAAGGGUUGAAAUGACCACAACGGGCCGACCCGCGCUCGGUGGUUUCGGAGUUGAGCGCUGGCAACCUACCGAGGAUGUGGAGGGCAACGGCCAUUUUACCACGACAGAAGGAUACAAAAUGACAUCAAACAAACCAGUCGCUCUCGUCGUGGGCGCUUCCCGCGGUAUCGGCAGGCAGAUUGCCAUAGACCUGGCCAAGAAUGGCUACAAGGUCGUCGUGGCGGCAAAGAGCACCUCCAACGCCUACGCAGCUGUUCCCUUCCCCCCGGAUCCGAACUCCUCGCAAUCGACCAUCAACACUGUCGAGCGAGAGAUCAAAGAAUCCGGUGGCGAAGCGUUCGCCCUCACAGUAGACGUCCGCGACGUGAAGCAGGUUGAGAAUCUGGUCCACGAGGCGGUUCGCCUGGCAGGCCGCCUCGAUGUCCUGGUCUACAACUCCGGGGCUAUCUGGUGGUCCUCAGUGGCGAAUACGCCCACGAAGCGGUUCCAGCUCAUGCAGAGGGUGAACCCAGAGGGUCUAUAUGCGAGUGUGCAGGCGGCAUUGCCAUACUUUGAGAAAAAUGGGCGGAAGGGUCGGAUCAUUGUUGUCUCGCCGCCGAUCUACUCGCGGUUCUUUCGGGGGAAGACAGCUUAUGCGAUGGGCAAGGUGGGGAUGAGCGUCCUGACCAAAGGUCUAGCCAUGGACUUUGUUAGACAGGGGGCAAAGGAUAUGGCCAUUACCAGUAUCUGGCCUGCAGUUUCCAUCGAAUCAGCCGCCACCGAGGCGACUACGAAUGAAGAUCCUAGCCGGAAAGCUGAUCUUAGGAAACCUACGAUCUUCUCCGACGCUAUUCUGGGUAUUCUGAAUAGCCCCACAGACAUCGUGAAUGGCCAACUGGUCCUCGACGAGGACUUCUUGCGCGACCAUUGCGGGGUUUCUGAUUUCUCCAAGUACGCUGUUGUCCCUGGAUCUCAGCCACGGCGGAUCAUGCCUAAGGAGUUGCCUGUCCUUGAGGUGGCAGAGCAGGAUGAUGAGGGUAUGCGGGUGGACAGUACGAAAUUGAGAAAGGCCAAGCUGUAA